AUGACGGAAAAUCAGACAUGUGUCACAGAACUCAUUCUCCUGGGGUUUUCACUCAACUCAAACAUGCAGAUGCUCCUCUUUGGACUCUUCUCCCUGUUCUAUGUCUUCACUCUGAUAGGGAAUGGGGUCAUCCUGGGACUCAUCUGGUUGGACAACAAACUGCACAUGCCCAUGUAUUUCUUCCUUUCACACUUGGCCAUUGUUGAUACCUCAUAUGCUUCCAACAAUGUCCCCAAGAUGCUGGCAAUCCUUCUGAACAAGAAAAGAACAAUCUUCUUUUCCCCAUGUAUAAUGCAGACUUUUUUAUACAUGGCUUUUGCUCACACAGAGUGUCUCAUCUUGGUAAUGAUGUCCUAUGAUUGGUAUGUGGCCAUCUGCCACCCUCUGCAAUACUCCGUCAUCAUGAGCUGGAGCGUGUGCAUGGUUUUGGCUGUCAUUUCCUGGGCAUGUGGCUCCCUCCUGGCCCUGGUCCAUGUGGGUCUCAUCCUGAGGCUGCCUUUCUGUGGGCCUCAUGAACAAAUCAACCACUUCUUCUGUGAAAUCCUAUCUGUCCUCAAGCUGGCCUGUGCUGACACCCGGCUCAACCAAGUCGUCAUCUUUGCUGCUUCUGUGUUCAUCCUUGUGGGCCCUCUGUGCUUGGUGCUAGUCUACUACUUGCACAUCCUGGCAGCCAUCCUGAGAAUCCAGUCUGGGGAGGGCCGCAGAAAGGCUUUCUCCACCUGCUCCUCCCACCUCUGUGUGGUAGGUCUCUUUUUUGGCAACGCCAUCGUCAUGUACAUGGCCCCUAAGUCCCACCAUCCUGAGGAGCAGCAGAAGGUCCUUUCCCUGUUUCAUAGCCUUUUCAACCCUAUGCUGAACCCCCUCAUCUACAGCAGAAGGAAUGCAGAGGUCAAGGGUGCCCUAAAGAGAGUAUUGAGGAAACAGAGAUCAAGGUGA